AUGAAACCCGCGAUUGCAUCGACUGUCAACGCUGGAGAGACUUGCGCCAUGGAGACAGAGGACAUUGUGAAGGGUCUUGCAGAUGGCAGCAAGGAAGGGAAUUCGGAUGAGAUGAACAUCACUGACUGUGUAGACGUGCUGGCAACAAUAUAUGCACAGACUGCAGAGAUGAUGGGUGAUGGUGAUGAAUCAGACAAUGAUGCAGGAGGGAGCACUUGUGAGACGGAAAAGGUUGGGGAAGAGAGAGGAGAGGGAGGUAUGGGGAGCAGAGAAAAUCAUGCAGGGUGUAUUGUUGAGGAUGAAAAUGUGGUCAAGACAUUAGCAGGAGAACAAUUCCCAUAUGACAUCAAUUGGGUGUCUGGUCGUGUUCAACCGGGUAUUGUUGGAAGAGUACCCUACUUCGCGUUCAAAGUGGCUGGGACGUGGGUUUCAUUUCCUGUCCCCAAAACAAGCGCAUGGCGAAACGUGACUCUAUCAAUCGUGUUUGACAGAGUUAUAAGGUUGAAUGAUGCGGCAAGAGCUCGAGAGAAAGGGCAACAUGCGUUGAAAAUGUGGCGUGUUCUGGAGGCGAAGGGUGAGUUCAGGCUUAACGAUUUUUUGUACGACAGUUUUGAUUGCGGAACGCCAUGGGUGAUUAGUGGGAACGAUGCAGCAGCGAGAACGGUGUGCCCCGAGAAUGAUGCAAGGAGGGAUCCUAGGUGGGGUUUGGUGCUAUAUGAGAUCCUGAUUACAUGUGGCCGGGUGAGGAUGCAGAUGCGUGAUGCCAUGGGAAAUGUCUGGAACACGCAUUACAUCAAUGACAGGUUCUCCUUCAGGCAUCUCAACAGGGAGGUGUCAGAAGAGGAGAAGAAGGCAAUGACAUGUCCUCCUCAUACUGCUGGGUGCUUUUUCCCGCCGCUUUGGAACCCUAUGGAGUUCGAGGUGGUGGACGGGAAACUGUUCUCUGGUGAGGAUAGUGCCACAUACACAGCUGCAAGAGGGCAGGAAGCCACGUAUGAUGGACUACGGUCGCAGAUAUGGGACCAUGUCACAUUGAGGCUGGUUGAUGGCAAGGUGACGAUGGCAGCAAAGCUGCAGUCAGGGCAGUGGCUCCCAUUGGGAUGGAUGCAUGCAGGCAUUGUGGAGCAUUGGCAGUUCCUGGUUGUUCUGGCACGUGUCUCAAUUUUCAAUGUAAAUGUUAAGGACCACGUGCUGUUGGUUGAACACGCAAAGCGCUGUUGGGAGAAGAUCAGGGAGGAGGACCGUNCGGAAGAGGAGAAGAAGGCAAUGACAUGUCCCCCUCAUACUGCUGGGUGCUUUUUCCCGCCGCUUCGGAACCCUAUGGAGUUGGAGGUGGUGGACGGGAAACUGUUCUCUGGUGAGGAUGGUGCCACAUACACAGCUGUAAGAGGGCAGAAAGCCACGUAUGAUGGACUAUGGUCGCAGAUAUGGGACCAUGUCACAUUGAGGCGUGACGUUUUGACUGCCACGGACAUUGGGGCCCAUGUCAUCCCCGAGGGACAGUUGCAGCAGCAUAUGGCCCCUGAAAAGUAUGGCUAUCACGUCAAUUGGGUCCCGGGAUGUUUGCAUCCUGCAGUGGUUGAUGACAAGGUGACGAUGGCAGCAAAGCUGCAGUCAGGGCAGCACCGUUGCACGACCCUUCUUGACUGGGUCCCAGUCGUAUGUCCCAUGACGUACAAGCAUAGUGGAGAUGUCACCAUGACAUUCACAGACCCGCUUGGUGUGCCUUUCCAUCUGACCUACUCAGAUGGACUCCUGCGAGACGUUCGGUAUGUCGUGGAGAACAACUUGGCAGGUGGAUUGACGUGGAAGGGCAAGAGGACAGAGAAGCGCUCCGGAAUUUUCUGUUUGUCUGCUGAGGUGGAGGGCGCAUGUGGUCCUGGUGGCAGCGCAGGGUGCUCUGCAGCACAGGGGGACACGGUCGGCCCAAGUCACGCUGCGAUGUCCCAGAGCCCGAGAAAGAUGAAGAAGUGCGCGUCAAAACCGCCAACUGGAAAGACGGCUGCAGGCAAAAAGAAGAAGAGCCCGAAGCCCGUGCCAGCCACCGAUGACACUGCAGAUGCACGCAGUCAGCCCCACAGACGCCGUCGACGCCCCGGGAUGGCAACUCUGGCGGAAAUCAGAAAGUUGCAACGAUCCACCGACCUCUGCUUGGCUUUCAGACCAUUCUUGGGGAUCGUGCGCGAGGUUGUGGAGGAGACCAUUGCUCCUGGUGUGGGCGUGAGGUUUCAGAUGACGGCAGUGCGUGCUUUGAUGGAGGCUGCCGAGGCGUACCUGGUUGCCAAUUUCGAGAACACCAACGAGGUCGUGAUCCACUCGAAGAGGAUAGUAGAUACAGAGGAGGUAAUGCUUGCGGAUAUCUUCAAUGCUAACACUAUGGAGAGAGAUCAGUGUGAUGUUGGAUUCGAAGACGCCGAUUUGGCAAGUUGUCUUGCAAUAUACACAGASAAURAAGAUAUAGAAGAAGAUGAAGAAGAGGAUGAGRAGGCAUCAUCUUCUGACGUGGAGGUGAGCGGCAGCGAUGUCAGCAGCGACGAGGCAGACGAGGAAGAUGAUGUUUACUAUGAUUUGAAGGGGGCGGGUGGACAAAUGUCAAAAGGUUGGACACAUGCAGUUAUGAGGUUGGCACGUGCUUUCCCCGAUCUGCACAAUGUGCCGCGUGUUGUGAUGAAGGGGGCAACAUCUGACGGUGCUCUACAGUAUACCGCAAAAAUGGACAGCGGUCUACGGGUAUGCGACCGUGGCAGGCCUUUCAUGUCCUUACGAAGUUUGAAUUCACAUCGUGCGAGGGCAUGCCCGGCUGUGGUGGACGAAAGAGCACAAGGGCAAGAGAUGGGUGUUGUUGACGCCUGCGGGCCAUCAAACAUAGGUGCAGUGAAUCUCGUUAGCGAUGAGAGCGAGGACAUCAGAGCCCCCGAGAACGCAGACGGGGAGGGCAGGCCAUUCGCAGAGCAGCAACCGCCGCCUGCCGAGACUUUUAACAGCUCUCGCAAGCUGGCGGCAUUGAUUUUCUCUGCCAGGGGCGGCGUUGGUAUGUCGCAGAGUGACAUAGAUGCUCUCUUGUCACUUCUCAAAGACCCGAGAUUCAACACGACAGACAUUGCGUACCGUAAUUUUAAUAUCGCAUUACAAAAAUGCGAGACGGUGUCUUCUCUAAAGGUGUCCCCGCCGUCAGAGGACCCGCCGUCAGAGGACCUCAGUAUAUCUGGUCCGCGCAGCGGGGCGCUAAGUUAUCACAUCCAGUCGAUCAUUCGAGCAGACAAAGGUGUGGACGAGAAUGAAAAUCCACGUUAUGUUAUUCCUCUGGCAAUGGCUCCAAGGCCAAAAUACAAGGAUCUGUGCAGGUCUUUGAAGGUCGCGGGAAAGAAGGACAAGGAGAGGAAGAAAUCGAAGGCCGAAAAGAAAAAAGAUUCGAGAGAGCAUCGCAAAAGCGGAUCUGAGAAUGCGAAAACGGAACACACCAGCAAGCGAAAGCAUGGAUCAAAAGUUUCAGUCUCAUCAAGUCAGCGCAUUCUUUCAAAGCUGAAAGAACGCAAUGAGUCCCCCCCUUCGACUCCCGCCCCACGGAGCCGUGCCAGCGGUGCCGAGAACCGUCCGCCCAGGGCCCCCGAGAAGAGGUCGCGGGAAGAUAAAAUCACAAAGGUGCACCGCAGGACAAAGAAGAGAAUCUCCUACAAAAAGGACACAACGGUGGACAUGAUCGAUCUGAGAGGGUCGGACGAUAUGCAUAGCGGAGCCCCAGAGGAAUCAGAGGAGGAACACGACCACCCCUCAUCGAAAAAGUCGGACAGGGAGGAUGACAACGCGUCAAGGGACGAGGUCGACGACAGUGAGACCUCCCACGAACAUCCUCGCGACACUGACGAGGCUGACGACGACGACGGCGGGAGUGACGACGGCACCGUGCACGAAGAGAGUGACGAUGGGUCAGCCGAAGACGAUAGAAGCGCAUCUAGAAGAGCGAGUUCCCCGUCCCCGGGAGGAACACAACGCACGAGGGUCCCCGAGAGGAACACGACGCACGAGGGCAGCGCUGCCGACACGCCUUCCAUUGGCAGACAAAUAGUGAGGCACACUAAUCCUGUUGGAAAAGGUAAACAAAGUGCGCUGCAGUUGCUGCCCUUGGCAAACGAUUACAUUCGAACUCGCAAAGUUCAGGCACAUCGUUGAAACAAGGAUUUGACUUUGAUGAACAUGCGGUUGAAAUGGACUGCCGAAUGUCGCUAGUGCUAAAAUGUA